AUGGUUCCAGCAACGGGUGUGGCACCCCCGGGACUGCACCCUAUCAAGCCUCCUGAGAUUCAGUGCACGAAAAAUCUUGAGCAAGUUAUUACACGCUUCAGUCCACUUACAAUGAAGACAGCUUUCGAGGCGGUAGCUCCAGAUGGAGCACUGCAAGUAAGACCAAAUGAGCGUUUGAACCUCCUGGCUGUCGACGCGCGCAACGCAGAAGCUUCUGAACGCCUUCUGAAAAUCUCAAGUAUUGCCGAAAUACAUGUUCGGACCUACGAGCCACGACCGAGCAAUUGUGGAGUAGGCGUGAUGAAGGAAGUUCCUGUAGACCUGGAUCAAGAGGGUAUCUUCAAGGCUCUUCAAAGAGCUUCUGUCAAGUCUGUACGUCGACUGGGAGCGUCGGAAAACGUCCGUAUUGUGUUUGCCAGAGAAAGUGCUCCUGAGUGCGUAAUGUUUGGCUACACACGUUACCUAAUACAUAAUUACAGGAGAAAAAACAACGUUGCGUACCAAUCGGCAAAGGCUGCGCUACGUCAGCAACAGGAAACUCGAGGUAGUGGCUAA